GCUUAAACGAAAAAGAAAACUUUUAGCGUCAGAUAUUUAUUUUAACAAAUAAGCAAGCAUUUGUUCUUACUUAUUUGUUCAAAAAAACACAAAACAAGCGAAUAAAGACGAACAAUUAGUUUUUUCUUGUUCAAGGUUAGAAGUUAACUUUAUGAAACGUUCAAUGGAGCCGGAGCUGAAUGAGGGAAAAACCCGACGCGGUAGAAAACAGCAGAGCAACGUCAGCGACAAAUACCUUCUUCUUACUCCUAUGAUCAACAGGUGCAAGUUGCAUCUGAUGACAGCUAAAACGCUGGCUGCAGGAAAGCUGCAAACGAUGUCUGACUCUCAAGAUUUAUCUAAAGAGACAAAGAUCAGUACCACGCAAACAACUGGUGAUUCCAACUCAGCAAACCCUUUCGUGUCCUGCUUCAUGUUAUCUGAAGAAAGUGGGUUACAUCUCAACAAUAAAACCGGGGUUGCCAGUGACAACUGUGCUCAGUAUUUAGUACGGCUAGCAGGUGCUGCUCCAGUUUCCCAUGCAUCAAAUGAAACAAGAGGCAGAUCAAGCAGAGUGCCUAACAGUGCAGAGGUCACAUGCCAUCGCCUUGCCCUAAAAAGUUUCAAGCUAUCAGGUUGUUCUGCAGGAUAUAAUCGCAGAGCUCCUUCAAGUUUCCCCUGCACCGAGAUUAAUUUUGCUGCCAGUUUUCAACGAAUUGACUUGGACAGGUGUGGAUUGGGCAAAUUCCCACAUCUGGGCUUCAUUGAAGAACUGCAACUUCUUAACCUGCAGCACAAUCUGAUUACAAGAAUCCAACAUUUGCCACAGCUGCAGCAGCUCAUCCUCUUGAACUUGUACGACAAUCACAUCUCUUAUAUGACGGGAAUUGAAAAUCUCAGCUUUCUCAGGGUUCUCAUUCUGGGGAAGAACAGAAUCCAAAAGAUUUGCUCUAUGGAAAGCUUAUACAAACUGAGCAUUUUGGACUUGCAUGAUAAUCAGAUCAGCAAGAUAGAAAAUAUUUCUCACCUGACUGAGCUCCGAGUUCUGAACCUGUCUGGAAACCGCAUCUCAAGAGUGGAAAAUUUGCAAGGCCUCAGCUCUUUGACUGAACUCAACCUGAAAGACAACUGCAUCUCUGUGGUGACUGAGGUGGACCGCCUGCCCGGCUUGCAGCGUCUCUUUCUCAGCUGCAACAACAUCCUCAGUUUUGAUCAGCUAGCCUGCCUUGGAGAGUCACGCUCCCUUUCUGAGCUCACCCUGGAUGGGAAUCCUGUAGCCCUGGAGACAUGGUACAAGCAGGCCGUCCUGCGCUGUGUGCUUCACCUGAGACAGCUAGACAUGAAGCGCAUCACAGACGAGGAUCGGCGCAUGGCAGGUGUAUUGACUCGAAAAGAGGAAGAAAAGAAGAAGGAGAGUCACAAGCAGACCAUUCAUAAGGAAAAGCGGCGUCUAGCUAUCCGUAAUGCGGCUCAGCAGUGGGAAGGUGUCAAGGCCUGUUUGGAGCUGCCUCCAACAAAUGGCUCUAAGGAGGAUGCUAGUCCAGAGAACAGCCCUGGUCACAGCCCCGGACAGACAAAUGGCCUUGCACAGGAGACUUCUCCAGAGGAACCAAGACGAAUAAGUCCAGGUUCAGGACCAGAACGACCAUCAGGGGGAACAGAGAACAGACUCCGCACUAACAGCCGUCCUAACAGCCCCCGAGAUCCCAAACUUGUGGAGACAGGGAGUGGCAGCGUUCAGAGCUUGUCCUUGUCUGACAGUCACCUGGCGGAGCUUGAAGGAGACACCCUGCGUUUAUUUGGACUUGGUGCUCUGGAGGCCCUGGAGAGAGGCUGGGGUGUUCAGACUGCUGGUGCCGUCACUGUCAUCGCCUUCCGCUUCAUUAACUUUGACGUCAUUGUUCCCACACUGCCGAGAAUAAGAGUCAAGUUUCCAAAUCUGUCGCACCUGAUAUUCCUGGAAACCAACAUCAGCCGUCUCCCCCAGCUUGCUGCUCUGGCUCAGGUGCGGCGUCUGGAUCAACUGACCAUUCAUCCAGAAGGCAACCCAGUGGUCAGUAUGGCUUUGUGGCGCUCAUUCAUCAUCUACCGACUCUACCACUUCAACCUUCAAAAAAUCAAUGGCCAGGAGGUGACCAUGAAUGAUGUGAUUGCUGCAGAGCGGGUGUUUGGGACAUUGGGCCACAUAGCAGCCACCGAAACCCCACGUUGCCGGCUCCUCUUGCUGCUAGAAGAGUCCAGGAAAAGGCAGCUGCAAUUUCUAUUGGAGGGGCGUGGGCGGCGGGCAGGGCUGAGUCCAGAAGAACUGCGGGAAAAUGGGAAGCUCCUCGGUGAAGGCCUGAGCAGAGCGCUCUUCAACUAUCCAAGCAGAAACUGUAAUGCAGAGAGCCCUGAGGAGGGCACUGUGGAGUCAUCAGAGCGUGCCGCCGUGAUAGAGCAGUACCUCCAGGAGUUGGUCAAAAGGGCGUCAGACACCAAUCUGAAGGGUGAGGCGUUACACCAGCUGUGGCCAUCCAUGUUUGCGGAAAUGGUGAGGGACUGCGUGUUGGAGAUGAGGGACAGAGGAGCCUUCCGCCAAGCCAGUCUAGCAAAGCUCACCGAGACCAAGUGAAAAGGACCAAAGGUUCACCCUUAGAUCACAUACACAUGACCAAAUGUGGACAUUGCUCCCUGCUACUUUUCUCAUUUUAAAUUUCUCUAGGCAUUUCAUCUCCUUUUGAUUUUAUCAGUUAUUAGUCGGAGGUCCAUUUUGAGAUGGAUGUAGACUUAUAAAGAUGUGUGUAAAAUUGUCAGCACAUCUUGACUGAAUGUAGAUUUUCACUGAUUCCGUUCCUCACAGUGUGGAGCCUAAGGAAGUUUUAAAGGACUUUCUGACUUGUGGUGCACUGACUACCCUAAAAUAUUCUCUGCACUUUAAAAGCCUUGUGAAUGAAUUCCUGCACUGUCACCGUCCUCUGCUGAAAAUCACCCGUGUCUCUUUUUCUGGAAAAUUGAAGGAUUUUUCUUCUAAUCAGCAUCAUGUAUCAUCCUCUCACUCCCUCCUGCCUGACAUGAAUGAAAGGGCACAGACGAAGACACGGUCUUUUCUGUUUACUACUGACUUUCUGUAUUGUACUUAGGAUUAAAAGAUUCUGCAUUAUCA